AUGAAUGUAGAAAAUAAUUAUACACCUCAAAAUUCUGAAACAAGACCAAAUUCUAAAAGAUCACAUAAACAAUCAAUUCCAAAAUUCAAUCAUGAAAAUAAUAGUCAAAGAAAAAAUGUCAUAAACAACAACAAUAAUAAUAAUAAUAAUAAUAAUAAUAAUAUUAAUAAUUCAUCAAAUUAUGCAAAUUUUAAUAAUAUAAUGAAUGUAAAUACUAAUGCAAAAGGUGGACCAUGUGUAAUUGGUGUAAUUGGUGAUUCAUCAAAAGGAAAAUCAUUAUUUUUAAAUAAAAUGGCAGAGAAAGCUGUAUUUCAUGAUAUCAAAAUUGAAUUUAAUAAACAUACAGCAGAUGAAACAGUGAAAUUCGAAAUUUAUAAUGAUGUCGAAAAGGAUAAUGUAUAUAUUAACCUAAGCUCUUUUCAAGAUACCACAUUAUUUAUUGACCUUUGGGAUUCAAUUCAAAAUAUGACACCAUUUGAAAUUGAAAAAUGGUUAGAAGAUGGAGAAUUCAUUUUUUUAAAAUCUUUAUUAUUCAUGUUUCAUAUUUGUAAUAUCAUAUUUCUUGUUUUUGAAAAUUUAACAAUUAAAUUAGAAUAUUUUACAAUUUUUAAGAUAUUAAAACAUGUUAAACAAACGAUAUCACCAUCAAUUCAAAAUCUUUUAAUGACUCAAUUCAAUUUACCGCCACCUUAUUCAUUCAUUACACCUGGUAAAUGUAUACCGAUUUUACAGAUAUUCCUAUUAAAAGAUUUAAAUGAAAAUUAUCAACGUGAUAGUCACUUAAAAUUAGAAGAAUCCUUAAAGAAACAAAUUUUAUUACUUUUAAGAAAUUAUGGUUUAUUUACAAGUGUUUCAAAUUAUUUAGGUACAAAUAAAAAAGAAACUACUACCACCACCACCACCACUAAUUCAAUGGUACCAAUAAAUAUAAAUACUCAACAACAACAACAACAACAACAACAACAACAACAACAACAACAACAACAACAACAACAACAACAACAACAACAACAACAACAACAACAACAACAACAACAAAUUCCACCAGGUCCAACAACAGUGGUACAGCAGCAACAACAACCACUAUUUUUAAUUGAAUUAAAUAGACCAUUGGUUAGAUUAUUAAGAUUGUAUCAAAUAUCUAGUAAUACAAUUCAAACAUUGUUUAAUCAAGAUUUAAAUACAUUAGCAUUUCCAAAACAGUUUAGAUAUUAUUCACAAUUAGUUUCAACCUAUGAAGCUAAUCACCAUAAUAUUCCAUUAGCAUGUAUAAAUAGUUUUAAAACUUUAUUAGUAAAUUCGAAAUUAAAAUUAUUUGAUUAUCAACAAUGGGAACUAAUAAUUUCAAAUUUAUCAAAUCUAUUUGAUAGUUUAUCAAGUAACUCUUCAUCAUCAUCAUCAUCAUCAUCAUCAUCAUCAUCAUCAUCAUCAUCAUCAUCAUCAUCCAGUGGUACCACUAAAGAUCAUCAUCAACAUCAUCAACAUCAACAACACCACCAUCAACAACAAAAAGAUUUAAAUGAAUUAAAGAAAUUUAUUGAUACAGAUUUAACAUUUUCAAAGAAACUAUGUAGAAUGAAUAAUAAACAAUCAAUGGAACAAUAUCAAGAGAAUUUACCAAUUUCCUAUGGAACUAAAAUUCAUUGUAGUAGAGUUGCAAAAGCUAUUAAAACCAUUUGUUUCAAUGCUAGUGGUCCUGCUUUGGAAUUUAGUAUCGACUAUUUACGUAUGGAAUGUGACCAAAUUUGGAAACGUGGUAAAAGAUUAUGUGAAGCUGAAAGUUUAUCUGGUAGAAUUUGUACUUUAAAAACUCACAAUGUCCCACCUUUACCAAAUAGUUGUAUGCCACCUCCUCCAACCCUAGUUUUAUCACCACCACCAUUACAAUUAUUAUUGUUAUCAAAAGAUAUUGGAGGUAGUAGUAGUAAUAUUAACGGUAUUAGUAAUAUUGUAAAUAAUAGUAGUUUAUCCUCUUCUUCUUCACCUUUGUUAUCAUCAUCAUCGUCAUCAAUAUCAUCAUCAACAUCAACAUCAAAUAUAAUUGAAACAAGAGUACAUCAAUCAGGUUAUAGAACUAGAGCAACAUGUAAUUGUGGUAAAACAACUACUUUAAGAGAGGAUAUAUUUGAGAUUGAAUAUGGUAAUUUAUUGUUUUAUCAACAAUCAUGUUGUAAAUCAAUCAUUAGUUUACCUGUACCAAAUACUCUUGUUAGUUAUUUCCCAUGUAAAAGUUAUGAAUUUAAUAGUUAUGUUACACCUUAUCCUUGGUUUAGUAUUUUAGAUUAUGGUUCAUUUUCAAAGCAAUCAAUAUCAUUACCAUUCAAUAGUGAUGCUUCAUCUUUCUAUGUUGGUAAUAAUGAUCAAUUACAAGAAUGGAAUUUAAGAAAGAUUUUAACCAUUUUUAGUAGAUCUCAACCAAAUAAUUCUCAAAAGAAAAUUAAUUCAAUAAAUUCAACAAAUUCACCUCAAAUAUCAAUAAAUAAUAAUAAUAAUAAUAAUAAUAAUAAUAAUAAUAAUAAUAAUAAUAAUAAUAAUAAUAAUAAUAAUAAUAAUAAUUUUAAUAAUGAUUCAUGUAUUGGUAGAUUGUCAUUUGAAUAUCAAUGUCCAACAGGUCAUAGAUUUAUAGAGAAAAGAAAAUCAAGGAAAUUCUUUGUAGAAUUGAUUGAGGGCGCUUCAGAUGUUCCAACCUUCUUUUUCCAAAAACCAAUGUUGGAAGCAUGUAAACACUCUGAUUGUAAUUAUUAUUCACAAUUGUGUAGAGUUUAUAUUAAUUCUCCAAUAAAUGAUUUAGAAAUUUCUGGUAGUGUGGAAAUAUUUCAACAUGAUAAACAACCAUCUGAUAAAUGGACUUUUGCAAUGGAUUCUUAUGUACCAUUGAUAAAAGAUCAUUUAUAUUCUUUAAGAACACCAUUCGUUUUUGAAUAUCUUUCAAAACCAGUUCAAUUAAAAUCUCCAAAUUCAAGUUGUUUCAUUUUAAAUAUUAAAAUUAAAUCUCAAUUAGUAAAAUAA